AUGGAAACUCAGAAAUGGUCCAUCAUGGCCCUGUGUCUGCUGGGGGUUUUGGGUUCAACCACCGUCAAAGUUGAGGAGGAGAACCCAGAGUUCUGGAGAGCCCAGGGUGCUAAGGCUUUGCAAGCGGCGCUGAACAGGAAGUUGAACACCAAUGUGGCCAAAAACAUCAUGCUCUUCCUGGGUGACGGUAUGGGCAUUACCACUAUCACAGCAGCUCGAAUCCUCAAGGGCCAGAUGCACAACCAGUCUGGAGAGGAGACAGUGAUGACCAUGGAUACUUUCCCCCAUGCAGGCCUCCUCAAGACAUACAGUGUUGACUUCCAGAUCCCGGACAGUUCAUCCACAGCCACAGCCUACCUGUGUGGUGUUAAGACUAACCUGAACACGGUCGGGGUGAACGCUGCCGCACGCAACGGAAUCUGCAAGACCCAGAAGGGCAACGAGGUCACCUCUAUUCUCAAGUGGGCCAAAGAUGCUGGUAGGAACCAUAUCUCUGUCCAACUUCCCACAUCACUAGGGCCCCGAGUUUAUCCUGAUCCAAUUGACUUACCAGGAAAACCUUACUACCGAUAA